AUGAAUCCUGGGGAAGAUCCUUCUAAUCUGCAGUCCCCCAGUCCUGGAUCUCCUCUGGGGGGUCAGGAAUGUGUGCGGCGCCCGAGCGUGCUCUCAUUAAGCUGCGUUGCACGCGGCGGCCCUCUGUUCCUGCGCGUGCUGCCUCCGGCCGCCGAGCCCCGACUUUUUAUUUCUCGGCCGCCGUGCCGUGACUUUUUGUUUCUCGGCCGCCGUGCCGUGACUUUGCAUUUCCUUUUUAGGCCGCCGAGCCCCGACUUUUUAUUUCUCGGCCGCCGUGCCGUGACUUUGCAUUUACUUUAUAGGCCGCCGAGCCCCAACUUUUUAUUUCUCGGCCGCCGUGCCGUGACUUUGCAUUUACUUUAUAGGCCGCCGAGCCCCAACUUUUUAUUUCUCGGCCGCCGUGCCGUGACUUUGCAUUUACUUUAUAGGCCGCCGAGCCCCGACUUUUUAUUUCUCGGCCGCCGUGCCGUGACUUUGCAUUUCCUUUUUAGGCCGCCGAGCCCCGACUUUUUGUUUCUCGGCCGCCGUGCCGUGACUUUGCAUUUCCUUUUUAGGCCGCCGAGCCCCGACUUUUCGUUUCUCGGCCGCCGUGCCGUGACUUUGCAUUUCCUUUUUAGGCUGCCGAGCCCCGACUUUUUGUUUCUCGGCCGCCGUGCCGUGACUUUGCAUUUCCUUUUUAGGCCGCCGAGCCCCGACUUUUUAUUUCUCGGCCGCCGUGCCGUGACUUUGCAUUUCCUUUUUAGGCCGCCGAGCCCCGACUUUUUGUUUCUCGGCCGCCGUGCCGUGACUUUGCAUUUCCUUUUUAGGCCGCCGAGCCCCGACUUUUCGUUUCUCGGCCGCCGUGCCGUGACUUUGCAUUUGCUCUUCUGGCCGCCGAGCCCCGACUUUUUAUUUCUCGGCCGCCGUGCCGUGACUUUGCAUUUCCUUUUUAGGCUGCCGAGCCCCGACUUUUUGUUUCUCGGCCGCCGUGCCGUGACUUUGCAUUUCCUUUUUAGGCCGCCGAGCCCCGACUUUUUAUUUCUCGGCCGCCGUGCCGUGACUUUGCCAUUCCUUUUUAGGCCGCCGAGCCCCGACUUUUUGUUUCUCGGCCGCCGUGCCGUGACUUUGCAUUUACUUUAUAGGCCGCCGAGCCCCGACUUUUUAUUUCUCGGCCGCCGUGCCGUGACUUUGCAUUUCCUUUUUAGGCUGCCGAGCCCCGACUUUUUGUUUCUCGGCCGCCGUGCCGUGACUUUGCAUUUCCUUUUUAGGCCGCCGAGCCCCGACUUUAUUUCUCGGCCGCCGUGCCGUGACUUUGCAUUUCCUUUUUAGGCCGCCGAGCCCCGACUUUUCAUUUCUCGGCCGCCGUGCCGUGACUUUGCAUUUCCUUUUUAGGCUGCCGAGCCCCGACUUUUUGUUUCUCGGCCGCCGUGCCGUGACUUUGCAUUUCCUUUUUAGGCCGCCGAGCCCCGACUUUUUAUUUCUCGGCCGCCGUGCCGUGACUUUGCAUUUCCUUUUUAGGCCGCCGAGCCCCGACUUUUUGUUUCUCGGCCGCCGUGCCGUGACUUUGCAUUUACUUUAUAGGCCGCCGAGCCCCGACUUUUUAUUUCUCGGCCGCCGUGCCGUGACUUUGCAUUUCCUUUUUAGGCUGCCGAGCCCCGACUUUUUGUUUCUCGGCCGCCGUGCCGUGACUUUGCAUUUCCUUUUUAGGCCGCCGAGCCCCGACUUUCCGUUUCUCGGCCGCCGUGCCGUGACUUUGCAUUUCCUUUUUAGGCCGCCGAGCCCCGACUUUAUUUCUCGGCCGCCGUGCCGUGACUUUGCAUUUCCUUUUUAGGCCGCCGAGCCCCAACUUUUUAUUUCUCGGCCGCUGUGCCGUGACUUUGCUUUUCCUUUUUAGGCCGCCGAGCCCCGACUUUUCGUUUCUCGGCCGCCGUGCCGUGACUUUGCAUUUCCUUUUUAGGCCGCCGAGCCCCGACUUUUUGUUUCUCGGCCGCCGUGCCGUGACUUUGCAUUUCCUUUUUAGGCCGCCGAGCCCCGACUUUAUUUCUCGGCCGCCGUGCCGUGACUUUGCAUUUCCUUUUUAGGCCGCCGAGCCCCGACUUUUCAUUUCUCGGCCGCCGUGCCGUGACUUUGCAUUUCCUUUUUAGGCUGCCGAGCCCCGACUUUUUGUUUCUCGGCCGCCGUGCCGUGACUUUGCAUUUCCUUUUUAGGCCGCCGAGCCCCGACUUUCCGUUUCUCGGCCGCCGUGCCGUGACUUUGCAUUUCCUUUUUAGGCCGCCGAGCCCCGACUUUAUUUCUCGGCCGCCGUGCCGUGACCUUGCAUUUCCUUUUUAGGCCGCCGAGCCCCAACUUUUUAUUUCUCGGCCGCUGUGCCGUGACUUUGCUUUUCCUUUUUAGGCCGCCGAGCCCCGACUUUUCGUUUCUCGGCCGCCGUGCCGUGACUUUGCAUUUCCUUUUUAGGCCGCCGAGCCCCGACCCCAAAAUCCAACUAAAAUGAGAUCAGAUGAACUUUGGCCUAUGAGCAUUUUUAAAGCUUGAUCUGGUGACUUUCAUCGAAGGACAGACGGUGACGAUUCAAUGAAGACCCCCCCCCCCCUCCACCACCACCAUAUUUCCUGUAAGGUAUCCCUCAUGAUGGACCACUAAGACCUGCAUCCCAGAACUGGUGACUUCCUUCAAAACCAGAUUCUGGUUUUCUGCCGGCGUUCUGUCAUCAGAGCUUCUCCAGAGGGCCUGAAAUAAUCGGGAUCUUUUUUGUCCAGAACCUUGAGGGGAAAAUGUUUUCCUCUAAAAUCUUAAAGUGUCUUUCUGUGGAAAACUUCCAGGAUGUCCAUCAGUUCUUAGAGUGAAAACCGAAUAACCUGGAUUAUCUGCUUUCCAAAGACAUGAGACUGAAAUCCUCUCGAUCUCCAGCGGCGAGGACGUCUUCAGUCAGGCUGGAUUCAUGACUAAAGGUCUGUUCAUCUACAGAGAAAACGCCCCGUUGGAAGAGGAAGCUGACGUUUGCUGCGUCUUUACCUGCAUUUCUAAUUUAGCAGGAAAACGGACUCUGAAAACGGAAAACUGUGUUUUAAAAAUGUAAAUGUUGUUGUUGGAAAAUCCUCAACUAUGUACAGAAUGUCUCCACAAGAGAACAAAUGUCUGCUUUUGUCUGCUUUACAUCCUUUUUAGAGAAAAUGUCAACAUUUGUUUCUGUUUUCAAUUGUCAAUCCUGCAAAAAGUAUCAAUUAAAGGGUUUUGUUUCACUUUUC